AUGCAGAAAGUCGACAAGCUUGUUGAGCGAGCGCGUCAUCUAUCCCUCCGCUCUGCAGAGAAAGAGGCACCUCUAGACGCAUUCCACUCUACAGUCGAUACGCAUCUCCAGAAGAUCUACGAGUCUCUCACUACACAUAAUAUCUCAAAGGACGAUUUUCUAAAUCAUAUCCAGCGAGACGGGACUGUGGGAGAUGGAGAUGGAGUUGAUCCGUUGAGCUCGCUGGAUGCCUUCCGUGCCUUUAUGAAAGAUCCCAUUUCUUGUGCCCUGGGACCAGCCAAGGAGUUGGAUAUCUCAGCUCCUAUUUCUGAUUAUUAUAUCUCGUCUAGUCAUAAUACUUAUUUGACUGGAAACCAGCUUUAUAGUGAUUCUGCGGCGAGUGCCUAUACGUUGGUACUUCUAAAUGGUUGUCGAUCUGUUGAAAUCGAUGUUUGGGAUGGGGAACCUGCCGAAGCAGAUUCGAAUGAGGACAGUGAUUCGUCGGAUAAUGAAGGGAAGAAAUCUACUCUCAAGUCGAGACUGAAGGAGACUAUCAUGUCUAAGAUCGGGAGUGAGGAGAAGGCUGCGAAGGAGCUUCUCGAAGAAAAAUGGCAUCGGGAGAGCUCCAGGUCUGCAGAUGCCAGUGUUGAUGAUGAGACUGCUCCUGUGCUUGGGGAGCCUCGUGUUUUGCACGGACACACUCUGACCAAGGGGACACCCUUUCGCGAUAUCUGUUAUGCGAUCCGUGAUGCUGCGUUUGUGAACAGUGAUCUACCUGUGAUUAUUAGUUUCGAAGUCCACGCUUGCUUGGAGCAGCAGCAGAUGAUGGUUGAUAUUGUCCAUGAAGCUUGGAAGGGUCUUCUGGUGGAAAUUCCUUCGGACGUGAAAGCUGAUAAAUUACCCACGUUAGCUGAACUGAAGAGGAAGAUCUUGAUCAAGACCAAGUCCACGCCUCUGCCACGAGCAGACGUCAAAGCCGAGCUAGACGCGUCUGAGCCUUCAGACGAAGGCAGUGAUCCGUCUGUGGAGGGUCAAAAGCCCGCGAAGCCCUCCAAGGUUCUGGAUGCUCUAGCCCAGCUAGCUGUGUACACACCGGCAUAUCAUUUCAGUCACUUCGACCAGCCAGAGGCGAAACUCCCCGUCCACGUCUUCUCCCUAUCUGAAAAGGCCGCCCGCGAAGCACACAUCAACUACCGCGACGCCUUAUUCGAACACAACCGCUGCUCACUCAUGCGAAUCUAUCCCUACGCACUCCGCGUAACAUCCUCGAACCUCGACCCCGCCUUCCACUGGCGCCGCGGAGCUCAGCUAGUAGCGCUGAACUGGCAAAGUCUCGACAAGGGCAUGAUGCUAAACCACGGCAUGUUCGCUGGCACUCCAGGCUGGGUCCAAAAGCCAUCAGGGUAUCGCAGCUCGGAAGGCCCCACAGACACGAUCACGCGCGCGAAUGUCGAAUUGAAAAUCGAGGUCUUUGCAGGGCAGGAUCUUGCGCUUCCGCAGAAUCACUCCGAAAAGGGAUUCCAGCCUUACGUCGUUUGCCAACUGCACGUCGAGGAGCCCGAGGGUCCUGUGGCUGCGGAUCGGGACGAUGCGAGCGAUGACACGGAUAAGAGUAGUUAUCGACGUAAGACGAAGACGGCGUCGGGUAGAAAUCCUGAUUUCGAGGCGCAGGCGUUGGUUUUCCCCACUGUAAUGGGUAUUGUUGAAGAGCUCAGUUUCGUCCGUUUCAAAAUCAAGGACGACGAAUUUGGCCGAGACUCCUUGGCGGCGUGGACAUGUAUCCGUCUUGACCAGCUACGAGAGGGAUAUCGAUUUAUUCACCUGCAAAAUAGCAUCGGAGGGAAGGCCGGCGGUGUACUAUUAGUGCGGAUCACAAAGCAUAUUUCCUAG